AUGACACACUUGUCCGUGACCAUUGAGGUAAGCAAGCAUCCUUUGGUUGGGGGUCCGCCUCUUGGCAUCACGGACUGCCUGUGUGAGGAGGGGCCUGUCAGUGUGGUAAGACUUGACCUGGCUCACGUGAUCUCCUUUAUUCAGCAGGUUUCUUCGGCAGAGGUACGCAUUGGGCCCAUGAGACUGACCCAGGACCCUAUUCAGGUUUUGCUGGUCUUCUCGAAGGAAGACAGUCAGAGCGAUGGGUUCUGGUGGGCCUGUGACAGGGCUGGCUACAGAUGCAGCAUCUCGCGGACCCCGGAGUCAGCCCUCGAGUGCUUUUUAGAUAAGCACCAUGAAAUCAUUGUCAUCGAUCACAGGCAAACUCGAAACUUUGAUGCAGAAGCCGUGUGCAGGUCGAUCCGGGCCACGAACCCCUCGGAGCACACGGUGAUCCUGGCGGUGGUUUCGCAAGCGUCGGGUGACCACGAAGAGGCCUCCGUCCUUCCGCUUCUCCAUGCAGGAUUCAACAGGGUACGUAGCUGGGCCUGUAAUUCGGUGUUUACAGCGUUAGACCACUGUCACGAAGCCAUAGAAAUAACGAGUGACGACCACGUGAUCCAGUAUGUCAACCCAGCCUUGGAAAGGAUGAUGGGCUAUCACAAAGGUGAGCUCCUGGGCAAAGCACUCGCCGAGCUGCCUGGAAGUGACAAGAACCAGGCCGACCUCCUCGACACCAUCAACACGCGCAUCCAGAAGGGAAAGGAGUGGCAGGGGGUGUACUAUGCCCGACGGAAGUCCGGAGACAGCAUCCAGCAGCAUGUGAAGAUCACCCCCGUGAUUGGCCAAGGCGGGAAAAUUAGGCAUUUUGUCUCCCUCAAGAAACUGUGUUGUACCACUGACAAUAAUAAGCAGAUUCACAAGAUUCAUCGUGACUCGGGAGACAAUUCUCAGACAGAGUCUCACUCAUUCAGAUACAAGAGCAGGAGGAAAGAGUCCAUUGACGUGAAAUCCAUAUCCUCCCGGGGCAGCGACGCACCAAGCCUACAGAACCGGCGCUAUCCAUCCAUGGCCAGGAUCCACUCCAUGACCAUUGAAGCUCCCAUCACAAAGGUCAUAAACAUAAUCAAUGCAGCCCAAGAAAACAGCCCCGUCACGGUUGCAGAAGCCUUGGAUCGCGUGUUAGAAAUUCUACGGACCACGGAACUGUACUCCCCGCAGUUGGGAGCCAAAGACGAAGACCCUCACACCAGUGACCUUGUUGGAGGCCUGAUGACCGAUGGCUUAAGAAGGUUGUCAGGAAACGAGUAUGUCUUUACUAAAAACGUGCACCAGAGUCACAGUCACCUUGCCAUGCCACUAACCAUCAACGAUGUCCCCCCCAGUAUUGCUCAACUACUUGAUAAUGAGGAGAGUUGGGACUUCAACAUCUUUGAAUUAGAAUCAGUUACACAUAAGAGGCCAUUGGUUUACCUGGGCUUAAAGGUCUUUUCCCGGUUUGGAGUGUGUGAAUUUUUGAACUGUUCUGAAACCACCCUCCGGGCUUGGCUGCAAGUUAUUGAAGCUAACUACCACGCCUCCAACGCCUACCAUAACUCCACUCAUGCCGCCGACGUGCUGCACGCCACCGCCUUCUUCCUUGGAAAGGAAAGAGUGAAGGGAAGCUUGGACCAGCUGGAUGAGGUAGCAGCGCUGAUCGCUGCCACAGUCCAUGACGUGGACCACCCGGGAAGGACCAAUUCCUUCCUGUGCAAUGCGGGCAGUGAGCUCGCCGUGCUCUACAACGACACCGCCGUCUUGGAGAGUCACCACACUGCCCUGGCCUUCCAGCUCACGGUCAAGGACAGCAAGUGCAACAUUUUCAGGAAUAUUGACAGGAACCAUUACCGAACACUGCGCCAGGCGAUCAUCGACAUGGUGCUGGCUACGGAGAUGACAAAACACUUCGAACAUGUGAACAAAUUCGUGAAUAGCAUCAACAAACCACUGGCCACUGAGACUGAGGGCAGUGACUGUGAAUGCAACCCCAUUGGGAAGAACUUUCCUGAAAACCAAAUGCUGAUCAAGCGCAUGAUGAUCAAGUGUGCCGAUGUGGCCAACCCCUGCCGCCCCUUGGACCUGUGCAUCGAAUGGGCCGGGAGGAUCUCUGAGGAGUAUUUUGCACAGACCGAUGAAGAGAAGAGGCAGGGGUUGCCCGUCGUGAUGCCGGUGUUUGACCGGAACACCUGCAGCAUCCCCAAGUCCCAGAUUUCCUUCAUUGACUACUUCAUCACAGACAUGUUUGAUGCUUGGGACGCCUUCGCCCAUCUGCCAGCCCUGAUGCAACAUCUGGCUGAUAACUACAGACACUGGAAGACAUUGGAUGACCUGAAGUGCAAGAGUCUGAGGCUGCCAUCGGACAACUAACGUCAAGCCGACUACGGGACUUCCUGAUCUACAGAAGGCACCGUGAACCACAGGCGUAUAAGCAAGAGGUUGUCCUUUAUAAUGGAAAUGGCAAGACCUUGGGUUAAGGAGUCGGGGUUUGAUAUUUGACCUUGAAUCGAUUUAAGUCCCCAGAUCUCAUUUUUAGAAUGUUCCACGCAGGAAAAUGGUGGGGGCUUUUUUAUUUGUUUGUUUUUAAACAAUCACUUGGUAGCAGAAGAAAUACCUGGCAAACUCCUGUAUGCUGCUGGCAUCCCGUGAGCCCUUUUCAAGCCAUGGAGGCACUUUAUCGUAAUUAAGACACCAACAGCAGUGUCCUGGUGCAUGUCAGCCCAUCCCCCUGGACGACGGCCACUCAGUUAGCUACUGUUCUGCUCCCAAAACAGCCACCAGUAGAGUUUAGCUCUUUUCCCCAAGAGCAUCUGCCUCAAGGGUUCAGAAGAAGCCCAUCUGAACAGAGAGAGCUAAGAGGGAAAACUGCUCAAGAGGGCCAACUCAUUACUAAACUAGCAUCACAGCCUCCCCAGCUAAGUGGUCGAUAGGGAGUCAAGUUAGAACACAGCCGUGGCUUGGUGAAUGCUGCCUAGACUGAGGUCAGCAGCCUGCGCAGCCUCCUUCCCGGUAAGAUCCUGCUCAAGGGCAGCCAUGCGCCGCGAAGGAGGGAGGGAGGGAAUGACACCGCGUUUGCAGGGAAUCCAUGAGCUUUGCUGAUUUCUGGUUCACAGAGGCAGCCACAAGGCACCACACUAAGUAUUACAUACAAGCCAUUAAGUCAGAAUGCCCUUGGACAAGCUUUUAUAAAAGAAAAAUUUAUAUACAUUUGCUGUUUAAAAUUUUUAUUAAAAAAAAAAAUCUAAAUUUUCUGGGGGUUCCAUCCACAGAGCGUGUUUUGCCAUGUGCCAGCUAUACAUGUGUAUUUGGGGAGGGCAGAGCGGGAAAUUUCAUGUUUCAGAUGUUUUUAACCUAUCUAUAUUUGAGAUCAUGCUGUUUUGCUUUAUUGUUAAAAAAAGAUUGCGAUAUGUAAAUAAAUGAGAACACAGGCAUAGAGGGGCAGUAACUACUAUUUUAAGCAUUACUUGUACGCUAAAGGCUUCUAAAGCACAAGUGCAUAUUUUUGUACCGCUCUUUUCACAACUUUCCGUGAACACAUGACGUCAGCCUGGAGCGUUCCUCCCUCAUUACCGUCAGCUCUUCCCUGUUAUAAAUCCCAGACGUCAGCAAGCAAA